UCCAAUACCCACCAAGUCAAGUCACCAACCACCUCGGGAAUUUCUAAAAAAAGCAUAAAUCUUUUCCAUUCAUUCUCCCUUUAUUCCUCUUAUCAACAUUUUCUCUCUCCCCAAUUUUCCUUUUCGAAUCUUUCUCUAUCCAAACAAACAAAACCCUCCAAUUUUCCACUCUUCACUCCAAUUAGGUCUCUCUCUCUCUUCUUUCUCUCUCUGCAUUCUCAAUGGAAGACAACAACAGCACCAAGAAGCUCCACCGUCGCUUCUCCCUCGGCCGCCAAUCCUCACUGGCGCCGGACCACGAAGACUCCUCCGCCGUCGCCGCCGCCGCCGCCGACGACGCUUCCGUUACUGAGGCGGUGGACCCGGCGGUUCGGUUGAUGUAUUUGGCCAACGAAGGCGACUUGGAAGGGAUCACGGAGCUUCUCGACGCCGGGAGUGACGUCAAUUUCAGGGAUAUUGAUGGCCGCACCGCCCUCCACGUCGCCGCCUGUCACCGCCGCACCGACGUUGUUGACUUGUUGCUCCAACGCGGUGCCGAUGUCGAUACUCAAGACCGUUGGGGUAGCACGCCUCUUGCGGAUGCUUUGUACUACAAAAAUCAUGAUGUUGUGAAGCUCUUGGAGAAACAUGGUGCUGAACCUCCGAUGGCGCCCAUGCAUGUCGAAAAUGCUCGUGAAGUCCCAGAAUAUGAGAUUGAUCCUUCUGAACUUGAUUUUACAAAUAGUGUUUGCAUAACAAAGGGAACUUACCGUAUUGCAUUAUGGCGUGGAAUUGAAGUUGCUGUGAAAACGCUUGGGGAGGAAGUGUGCACUGAUGAUGAUAAAGUAAACGCGUUUCAUGAUGAGCUUGCAUUGCUUCAAAAAAUAAGGCAUCCAAAUGUAGUCCAGUUUUUGGGUGCGGUAACACAAAGCACCCCAAUGAUGAUUGUCACAGAAUAUCUACCCCAGGGGGAUCUUCGUGCCUACUUGAAACGGAAAGGUGCGUUAAAACCAAUAAUAGCUGUGAAGUUUGCACUUGAUAUUGCUAGGGGAAUGAACUAUUUGCAUGAACAUAGACCAGAAGCCAUUAUACACCGAGAUCUGGAGCCUUCAAAUAUACUGCGGGAUGAUUCUGGGCAUCUGAAAGUUGCAGACUUUGGAGUUAGCAAGAUACUCAAAGUUGCUAAAACUGUCAAAGAAGACAAACCUGUGACAUGCCAGGAUACAUCAUGGCGUUAUGUUGCUCCUGAGAUCUACAAAAAUGAGGAAUAUGACACCAAAGUGGACGUGUUUUCAUUUGCUCUGAUAUUACAGGAGAUGAUUGAAGGUUGUCCGCCGUUUUAUGCAAAGCCAGAAAAUGAAGUUCCUAAAGCAUAUGUUGAAAAUGAGCGUCCACCAUUUACAGCUUCACAAAAGCUUUAUGCCUAUGGAUUAAAACAAAUAAUUGAGGAAUGCUGGGAUGAAAAACCAUACAGGAGACCAACAUUUAGGCAAAUAAUUGGGAGAUUGGAUGACAUUUGCAACCGUCUUGCUCAAAAAAGGCGUUGGAAGGCUCUGGCUCCUUCAUGCAUCGGGAAUCUACAGGCCCUGUUUAAGGGGAAUCCCACAAGUCCAGGUAGCCGAUCAUCUCGUGCUACAACCAGAUAAAUAUAGUUGCUGUCACGAAGCAAGAAGAAUGUCGAUUUUGCAGUUUCAAGAAGGAAAAGAAGAAAGGAAAAAAAAAAUUGGUUGUGGUUUCCAUAUACAUGUAUCCAUAUGUAGCUUUUUGUGAAUAACUUGCAUUCCUUGACAAUGUUUGGAUAUUUUGCUUUUACAGAAACAUUUUUAUGACCUCUAAUGUUUUUUUGGGGAAGUUAUUCUUUCUAGCUUAUGAUGA